CUUUGUGACACCCUCGCAAAAUGGCGCGAAAACCAUUCCAAGGCGUAAAGCGCCAGCUACUUCUGGCUUUCGACAUUGGAACGACGUUUAGCGGUGUUUCCUAUAGUAUCAUGGAUCCUGGCGAUGUGCCGGAAAUUCGGACAGUUACGCGCUUCCCUGAACAGGUCCAAUCUGGAGGCGAUUGCAAGAUCCCCACUGUGAUCUACUACGAUCGUGACGGUGAGGUGUGCAAAAUUGGUGCAGAGGCUGUCGCGGAAGGUAUCGAGGGAAUUGCUGAAGAUGAAGGGUGGACGAAGGCGGAAUGGUUCAAACUCCAUCUACGCCCUCGUGGCCAGCGCUCGAAUCUCUUUGGUCCUUCCAUGCCUCCGCUCCCGCCCGGAAAGACAGUUAUCCAAGUCUUCGCCGACUACAUGAGAUAUCUGUUUGAUUGCACGGCCUUGUAUAUCGCAGAAACACACGCCAACGGUGGUCUCCUUUGGAACUCUGUCAAGGAUGAUAUUGCCUUCGUAUUCACCCACCCAAACGGAUGGGAAGGGGCGCAACAGGCACAGAUGAGACAGGCCGCGGUGAUGGCUGGCCUUAUUCCGGGUAGUGACGAAGGGCAUAAGCGGAUCCAUUUUGUGACCGAAGGCGAAUCUAGCUUGCAUUACUGCAUCAACAAUGGGCUGAGCACGGAGGCUUUGCAGGAAGGAGAAGGCGUAGUUAUUGUGGACGCGGGAGGUGGAACGAUCGAUAUCAGUGCGUACCAAGGUGUAAACGAGACUUUCAAAGAGAUCGCCGUUGCCCAAUGUCACUUCCAAGGCUCUGUUUUUGUUACCGCGCGUGCUCGUCAACACAUCCAGGGACAUCUCCGCGGCUCUCGUUUUGAAGACGAUGUUCCUUAUAUCGCAGAGCGAUUCGAUAAACGCACCAAACACGCGUUCAAGUCGGAUACCGACAUCCAGUUCAUACAAUUCUCGUCUAUCAGAGAUACUGAGCCCGACCUCGAUAUUCGCCACGGGCAGUUGAAGCUGAAGGGAUCAGUUGUGUCCAGUUUUUUCCAGCCCUCAAUCCAAUGCAUAAUCAAGGCGGUCGAAAGGCAAAUGGCGAGUAGCCACCAUCCAAUCUCCACUGUGUUGCUCGUCGGUGGAUUUGCAGCUAGCGAUUGGCUGUAUAAGAAAGUCAAAGAGGCACUCGAAUCGAAGAAUGUCGUGGUUUUUAGACCUGAUAGUCACACGAAUAAAGCGGUUUCCGAUGGUGCUGCCUCAUUCUAUCUUGACCAGUUCGUCAAGUAUCGAGUGUCCAAAUACCAUUAUGGGAUUGAAGUAUACACUCCCUAUGCCCCUGAAAAUCCAGAGCAUUAUCGACGCAGAGACAAGGUCACACGACACAGUGUGACUCAGACAUUAAUUCUUGAUAACCAGUUCUUUGUGCUGUUGGCCAAGGACACUCAAGUUUCAGAGGCCAAAGAAUUUCGCUCCGGCUUUUCCUGGCACUUCAGCAACCCCAAUAGUCUGAGAACGUUUUCUAGAACCGUGCACUGCUAUCGUGGGUCUCUAAGGUGCCCCGACUGGACAGACGAAGAUUCAGGCUCAUUCUUGGUGGCUUGCACGGUUGCCGCCGACAUUUCAGGUGUCACCAUUGCCCAAACAUUCUCCCCGGUCACGCAGCAAUACUGCCAGUAUGCGCAAUUUGAUAUGAUUCUCAUCUUUGGGGGCACGGAGCUUAAGGCGCAGAUUGCUUGGAAAGUGAAUGGUGUUGAAAGGCGGAGCCGUGCGAGGAUUAUCUACGAAGAGGUUGCCGGGAUGACGAACGCUCUACCCGGGGCGGGCGUGUGAGCUACAACGGUACCGUGAUACAAGAGAGAAGGUAUGAAUGAUGUAUUGAGUACAGAUGUGCAAUGACUGAGGGGGAGCUGGGGGGAGUAACGCUUGAAAGGUAUCCCACUCGAUCUUCCCAGUAUUC